UCCAUUCCAGAAUCCCUUCCUUAGCUUCCUUUCCUUCCUUUUCCUAAUUAACUACUCGACUCUCAUUCUUCAUACACACACUCUUCUUAUUUAAUUUGGCAUAUAAAAAGAAAUUAAGGUGCACAUCUGUAUGGUAGUUCAUGAUAUAUAUCAGUGGUACUAUGGAGUUGGAACCAGCUGCAAAUCAAUUCAGAGUCAAAAACAAGUUUGAUGAAGCAGUAGUCAAAGUUAGAAACCAAGAAGAAUGAAAGAGAUAGAUUCAUCAUCAUCAGAUCUUGCAGCUGGCCUGGUUUCAAGAACAACAAGAAGUGAUGAAAAAGCAAUUAGUAAGGGCCCAUCAUCAUCAUCAUCAUCAUCACAUCAAUGGCUAAGAUUGAAGGAUCCGCGGAUCGUACGGGUAUCAAGAGCGUUGGGAGGAAAAGACAGACACAGCAAGGUUUGCACAAUAAGAGGGCUAAGAGACAGAAGGGUAAGGCUUUCAGUUCCCACAGCAAUUAACCUCUAUGAUCUUCAAGACAGGUUAGGGCUCAAUCAACCAAGCAAGGUUGUUGAUUGGUUACUCAAUGCUGCUAAGCAUGAAAUUGAUGACCUUCCCCCUCUUCCCAUUCCUCCUUCCAAUUUUACCCUUGCUUGUUAUCCCUCUCUUCCUACUAAUAAAUCUAAUCAUAAUAAAGAGCAGGAUAGUAGUAAUAAUACUAGUGCACAUGUUUUGCCUAAUAGUUUCUUAUUACCAACAACAAUAAACCAUAAUCAUCAUCCUCCUUCAUUCUUGGGAUUAUUGAACACUAUGCCAUCAUCAAUUGGUAAUCAUUUUUACCAAUCAGCUUCUCAUGAUGAUGUUGCUAAUCAAUUAUUGGGGAAUAAUAAUAAUAAUAAUAAUAAUCUUGGAUUUGUGAAUCAUCAUCAUGAUGGGGUUAAUGUUGUAAAUUUACCCUUUCAAAACAUAGGAGCUUCUCAAAUAUUGUGUUGUUCUCCUUCUCCUCUUCCACGUGCGGCGGCCGCGGCGACCACCGCGACAACACAGUCAUAUUUUUCUCCUUCUUCUUUUUCGCAUUAUAAUAAUAAUAAUGUUGCUGCAGCAAUGGAAAUAAUGGAUCCAAGGCAAAUCAACCACCAUCAUCAUGGUGAUGAGUCAUCAUCAGAAUCUUGCAAAAUCACCUAAUAGAAGUGAAAGCCAAUCUCAUGCUGAUGAUAGUGCAAAUUAAACUACAAAGGUACUCUACCAAAAUGUGCAUGGAUCAUGAUGAUGAGAGCAGUUUGCUGCCUGGAGUUUGAUUUGAAUAAUUAUUUUCAUUCGUCUUAUGCUAAUUCAUAUUUACUCUGUGUUCUUGUAUACUGAUUUAGUGAUUUUGAUUAGUUUAUUACUAUUAUGUGUACAAUUUUCCGUUCAGUUUGAGUUUGAGAUUUGAAUCUACGUGUUAUAUGACAUACAAAGGUUUAUAAAGAAUGGUUUAAUUUUAGUUGUAACUAAUGUUAUCUCAUUUUGAUAGUGCCUUUAGUUUGGGAUUUAUUAUAAGAGGAUAUUCAUAUCUUAA